AUGGUCAAUGUUCCCAAAACCCAGAGAACUUUCUGUAAGAAGUGUGGCAAGCAUCAACCCCACAAAGCGACACAGUACAAGAAAGGCAAGAAUUCUCUAUAUGCCCAGGGAAAGCGGCGUUAUGACAGGAAGCAGAGUGGCCGUGGUGGACAGACUAAGUCGAUUUUCUGGAAGAAGGCCAAAACUACAAAGAAGAGUGUGCUGAGGCUUCAGUGUGUAGAGCCCAACCACAGAUCUAAGAGAAUGCUGGCUAUUAAGAGAUGCAAGCAUUUUGAACUGGGAGGAGAUAAGAAAAGAAAGGGCCAAGUGACCCAGUUUUAA